AUGUCUCCUCCACCUUCACGAUCCGUGCCUUUGGAAAAUGAGACCAGUGAUCAAGGCAACCCUAUGGCCUUGGAAAAAGUGUUGAGUAUUAAUGGCGCUGGUAGUCAACAUGCUCGACAUCACAGCGGAUCGGUAGAGGAGUUUCAACCGAAUAAACGUCAACGGACGUUGGAUGAUCAGGGAGACCCCCAUACCACGACGGCUGGAGCCAAUGAUUCGAUGAAGCCACCGGCACCUGUCAGUUCGGGUAGACGGUCUACUCACACCAGUCUAUUGAAGCCCGCGGUGUCCAUUGCUUCACAACCACAACCCUUGAUGGCCUUGGGCGUGCCCCAUGCUCCUUCUGCGUUGCUAUCCAAACGAUUGUCUUCCAAGCAGAACAAUAAGAAUUCACGAAAUUUGACUAUCCAUACACCUUCUUAUGCCGAACAGUAUGCUGUCGCUAUCCGUUCGGCCCCACUUAAUUCCAAUUUCCGAAAUCCUCAGCCGCCUGCUCAAGCUUCGGCCUAUUACAACCCGCCGUUGCCGCCUCCGCAGCAAGGUCAGCACAGUCGCUUGGGUCCUCAACCAUUGCAGAUCAGUCAUUUGCAGCCUGGACAUUCGUUGGCUCCGCUCUUGUCACCGCGCGCUUCCUUGCACCAAGUGAAUCGAGACGAACAGCAGGGACACCCAUCCGCCGUCGGCAGUCUAGCUCAUUCGCCCCGCAAGCAAGAAUUUGCUAUUCCGCCCAUUGUCCCUUCACAACAGCAGCCUCCCUUAUCGGCUCAACACACUAGUUCAUCAUAUCAACACUAUAUUCACUCUCCGUCCUUGUAUGGUUACCACCCAAAUACAAAUCAGGCUCCCUCUUCAUCGCAUGGCUUUGUCCCAGCGUCACGAACCAAUACCACGAGUCGACCCGAACCUCCUCAUUCGUCGUCGGCCGGUUCCACUACCAAUGCAAGCAGUCAUCUACCCACCACCGCCGCCGCUGUUCCUUUACCGCCACAGACGCCCACCACCACCUCGUUUGCAGCUUUGCAACGGCAGCAAUUUUUGCAACCUUUUGAGCAUCUUUUUGAUACCAUUGAGACCACACGAACACUGAAAUCCACCUUGGACGAUCAGAUUCGACGCUCGGCAACCCUUAUGCAAACUUUGCAAGCGUCUUCGACGACAAUCGAAGGGCUGAUUCGUAACCAGAUCAAGGAGGUGCAAAAGGAAGUGCUGGGCAAAAUGGACGAGUCAUUAAGCACUAUUAUCAAGCGGAUUGAAAAGUUGGAGACGGCCCUGGCCCAAUCGAUGGCGGACAAGGAACCGAGUCAGACUCGCAAUGAUCAGGAGGAGCGGCAAGAAUCAAGCACGCCUACACCCAAAACGUUGGAUGAUGCGACCUCCACGUCAGAUGAUCGCGCUCCAGGAUCAUCUUCAUCAGCUACGCUCCGAAGUCCUCCCACCAUUGUACGCUCUCAAAACGAUAUCCGACCGCAUGAAUACCAUACCAUGCUUAGCGCUUUGCGAGAUCGAUUAGAUCGUUUGGAACGACAAAUCGAAUCAUAA